AUGAAGCCCCUGCUCCGCCCCAUCUACUACUUCAUCCCCAAACCCCCAUGGCGGCGCCGCUAUUCCCACACCCAACCAGACCCAUCUCCCACCGUCAACGACCUCCUCACCCUCCUCGAAAAAUCCGACGGCCACAACCAACUCAUCUCUCUGAUCCAGCAGCACCACGCCAACCCACAACUGGCCUUUCGUGUCUUCAUCUGGGCCACCCAAAGAUCCAAGGUUUGCACCAGAACCUGUCACUCUGCAAUCGUCGACAUGCUCGUUAAGGACGACAAACGGUUCGACAUUUACUGGAGCACAAUGCAGGAGCUCAGGGACUGCGGGGUUGGGAUCGGGUGCGGCGCGUUUUCGGUGCUGAUCAGAGGGUAUGAGAGGCUGGGGAAUGCCGAGAAGGCGGUGGAGGCUUUCGUAAAGAUGGAGGAGUUUGAUUGUAAGCCGGAUGUUUAUACUUACAAUGCGGUUUUAUAUGUUAUGGUGAGGAAAGAGGUGUUUUUGUUAGCUUUAGCUGUGUAUAAUCAGAUGUUGAAGUGUAAUCUUAGUCCUACUAGGAGUACUUAUAGCAUUUUGAUCAAUGGGUUUUGCAAGACUAGGAAAACCCAGGAUGCAUUGCAGAUGUUUGAUGAGAUGGCACAGAGAGGGAUUGCCCCCGAUACGGUUACUUAUACUAUAAUUGUUUCGGGGCUGUGCCAGGCGAAGAGGGCACACGAGGCGCAUAGGCUGGUGGAUAAGAUGAGGGAGACUGGGUGUGUUCCGAAUAUUGUUACUUACCAUGCUUUGCUUGAUGGGUAUUGUAAGUUAGGUAGGCUUGAUGAGGCUUACGCGCUUGUGAGGUCGUUUCAGAGGAUUGGUUAUGUUCUUGGAGUAGAGGGAUAUAGUUCCUUGAUUUUUGGGUUGUUUAGAGCUAGGAGAUUUGAUGAGGCGCUUGGGUUGUAUGGCAAAUUGCUUGGCGAGGGGAUUGAGCCUGACGUUAUCUUGUGUACUAUAUUGAUUAAGGGGCUAUCAGACGCUGGCAGGGUUAAGGAUGCUUAAUUUUUGGGUGAGAUGAGUAAGAAAGGUUUGGUUCCAGAUGCCUACUGUUAUAAUGCUGUCAUCAAGGGGUUCUGUGAUUUAGGUCUUUUGGAUGAAGCUCGAUCUCUCCAUCUUGAGAUUUCGAAGCAAGACUGCUUCCCUAAUGCCUGCACUUACACCAUUCUCAUUUGUGGUAUGUGCAGGAACGGGCUGGUAGGGGAGGCAGAACAGAUAUUCAAUGAGAUGGAGAAGCUUGGAUGUGUUCCAUGUGUUGUAACCUUCAAUGCUCUUAUUGAUGGGCUUUGCAAGGCUUCUAAGCUUAAGGAUGCACACAUGCUGUUUUACAAGAUGGAGAUAGGAAGAAAGCCUUCAUUAUUUCUUCGUCUUUCUCAAGGCAGUGAUCGAAUUAUUGAUAGUGCGAGUCUUCAGAAGAAGGUGGAGCAAUUGUGUGAUUCAGGAUUGAUUCUUCAGGCCUAUAAGCUUCUGAUACAACUAGCUAGUAGUGGGGUUGCCCCCGACAUCAUCACUUACAACACUCUAAUCGAUGGCUUUUGUAAAAGUGGAAACAUGGAUGGUGCUUUUAAACUCUUCAAGGACAUGCAACUGAAAGGGAUCACCCCAGAUUCUGUUACAUACGGGACACUUAUUGAUGGGCUUCAAAGAGCUGAAAGAGAAGAAGAUGCCUUUUUGGUCUUUAAUCAAAUGGUGAAGAAUGGAUGCACACCUAGUGCUGAAGUUUACAAAUCACUUAUGACCUGGUCUUCACGGAAUAGGAAGGUUACAUUAUCUCUUAGUCUUUGGUUGAAGUACCUGAGAAGCCUUCCUAACAGAGAUGAGGUAACAAUCGAAGCAAUAGAGAAAAAUUUUAAGGAAGGGCAAAUUGAGAAGGCUAUCCAAGGCUUACUUGAAAUGGAUGUACAGUUUAAAAAUUUAGAUUUAGGACCAUACACUAUUUUGCUCAUUGGUUUGUGUCAGGUGCAAAGAGUGGAUGAAGCUCUGAGAAUGUUUUCUGUACUUCAGGAGUACAAAGUCAAUAUCACUCCACCAAGUUGUGUGCACCUGAUAGAUGGUCUAUGCAGAGAAGGGAAUUUGGACCUGGCAAUAAAUAUUUUCCAUUAUACUCUGGAGAGGGGUUUCAUGUUAAUGCCCGAAAUAUGCAAUAAGCUGCUCAAGUGUCUUCUUCGUUCUCGAGACAAAAAGGGCCAUGCCUUUGAUCUCGUUCAUAGGAUGAGAAAUUUUGGAUAUGAUCUUGAUGCUUGUCUUCACCAGACUACGAAGUUUCUACUACAAUGACACUAGACAGUGAUGGAAUUGGUAAUUCAUGUGAAUACAUGUUGUUCAUGGCUGAUACUAAAGAGGCUGCUUUGAUCUUGAGUCCACAAAUGGCAACAAAACUUGACUGGCCUCAGGCUCGUCUGAUGGUCGAAUAAUAGUGUUCCAUUAAUUGAGUUCUUCACCAUGAACUUCAUGAUACAGUUUCUCAACAGUUCAAUGUGAGAUCACUGUCAGGAAAAUGUGUUAGAACAGAGAGCUUGUUGCACAAUCUGAUGUCCCUUUGCAUCAACCUUGUAUUUUUCACUGGUGUUGGUGCACAGGACGGUUGAUGUAGAUUUUUUCAGAAUACUAGAGAAAUAAGUACGAGAGUGCUCCUUAUGUGGUGGAUGACAUGGAUCAUUUUCAAUGCAUCCAAAAUUUUUGUAAUUUACAUAGUGAAAUCCGUGUAACAAUAUCAACUUGAGAAACAGGAAGGUCAUCUUUUCCUUCCACUUUGACAAAGAGUUACUUCCGUGUUCGUUAUUGCAUAGUGCACCAUAUGUCUGAAAACAGUGGAAACACAAUUUUGGUUGCUGAAGUAUUUUGCUGAUUAGCAAUAGAUCUCAGUACAUGAUUUUCUUUUGCACUGCUCUUGAUCUGCUGAUGGAAUGGGUGAACAAUAUGUAUUGCUGCAGUUGUGACUCCAUGACAAUCUUAGCAAUUUGCAUCCAACAAUCAGCUGGCACAACUAAGUUGGACUUGAGUGAAGGGGAGUUCAGUGGCUUGGAAUGUAGUGUUUUUUCAAGACCAAGUUUGGCCAUGGGACAGAAGAAAGGAAUUUGCAGUGGUGGAUCCUGUAUGUCUCAGGGUUCUCUUUGAUCCCAAGGUUUUAGUGGCCAUUUGAGCUUCUUCCCGGGGAAGUAACCUUAGCUUCCUAAUGGUUGAAUGUUACAUCCAGUUUACUUGUGUCACGCCUUGAAAUGCCACAAUUCCCUUCAAAUAUCCUGCUUAAUAUAUGUAUGAUGAUGGGAUGAUACUGGAGCAAGCUGUUGAUUAUGAUAAUACAGGGUGAAAACAACAUGCUACAGUCAUUGAAGCCGUUCAAUGGCAGUAUCAUACAAAGGAGUAUGCCAUGUGGGUCGAGUUGCUAGAACUUCAAGUUGUAGUUCCGGCUUGCAUUCUCCCGGGACAUUGGUUGU